UAAAAACUUUAAACCAAUGAUUCGCCAUCUAGUCUCAUCUCUGACUCACCGCUUCGCAUGGCGGAUUCCGAUUUUCGUCUACGGCGCAACGUGGACGUUGUUUCUGACGAUGACGGUGGCGAUCAUCUCUCUCGCACCGGAAUUCGCUUUCGUGUCGGCGAUUUUCCCGUCGUCUUCUUCUUCUUCGGUGGAGUUCUCUCGGCGGUGCGGUUCUUAUUCAAGCGUUUUGGUGCCGUUGGAUCUUCCUACGGAGGUGUUGUGUUUACCGGCGAAUCUUUUCCGGAGGUCGAAGAUGGACCUCGUUGUGCCACCGGUUUUUGCAGCAAUUGUUGUGGCUCUUUCCGCCGUCGUCGUUCGAACUAUGGGCCUUUGGGAGGCUGAAGAAGCCCAUUAAUUUAGGCCCAUUAAAUCUUGUUAUGUUAUAACCUUGUAAUGGUGUACACUUUGUUAAUUUCAUUUGGAGAUAUAUAAAUAGAUUAGUAGAUGAAGAAAAUUACUUUCUUACA